AUGAAAAUCUCCUCCAGGAUACCUGCAUUCAGAGAGGUUUUCAAUAGAAGCGGGGUAUUCCAUAAUCCAAGAGCAUUAUUCCAGGCUCGCCAGUAUUCUGCGGAGGUUACGCCCCCAAUUCAAAUUGCAGUGGUUGGAUCCGGCCCAUCUGCAUUUUACACGGUUUUGCACAUCCUACAAAAACAAAAUCCAAAACAAAAGGUUUGUAUUGAUAUCUUCGAGAAAUGGCCGGUCCCAUUUGGUCUCUCAAGAUACGGGGUUGCCCCAGAUCAUCCAGAAGUGAAGAAUUGUGAAAAUAAGUUUGAAGAAAUCAUUGAAAGGGCUUCGACUCUUCAUCACACAGACAGCACCACAAGUGAAGUAAACUUUUAUGGGAAUGUGGAAAUAGGUAAGGAUGUCUCUCUCAGGACUCUCAAGGACUAUUACAAUAUGAUCUUAUUCGCGUACGGAUGUUCCGAUGAACGGAGUUUAGCUGUUCCGGGGGCUAAUCUCCCAGGCGUCAUAUCUUCCAGGAAAUUAGUUGGUUGGUACAAUGGACUUCCAGACCUGCAGAAUUUGGAUCCUCCAUUAGAUAAAGUCGAAGAUGUUACCAUAAUUGGCAAUGGUAAUGUUGCGCUUGAUAUUGCUAGGGUUCUUUUGGCACCUCAUGAUGAAGUCUGGGAAAACACAGAUUUAGGCAAGAAGGCAUUGGAAAAAUUGAAGAAAAGCACAGUGAAACGGGUUAGAAUUGUGGCGAGAAGAGGGUUUUCUCAAAGCGCGUUUACCAAUAAAGAAUUUAGAGAAUUGCUUGAACUCACAAAGCACGGAAUUUAUUUCCAGCCUAUUGAUCCGGAUAUUAUGGCGAAACACAAAUUGUUGAAGGGUAAAUUAGUGAGAGCUGAGAAAAGACGAUUGGACAUGAUGGAGAAAUAUUUCAAACAGCACUGCCAAAAUGGAAGUUAUGUGAUACCUGAAGGUUCCAAGACUUGGUCAUUAGAAUACCUCAAGUCGCCAGCGGAAAUUUACCCAAAUACUUACGAUAAGACAAUAUUAUCGGCCACGAAAUUUCAAAUCAAUAAACUAAAAGAAUCUUUGAGUGUCGAUGAAAGCAAGGGUGGUAAAGUAGAGAUUGUUUCAACCGAUGAAAGCGUUACGGUAAAAAACGAGUUGUUGAUAACCAGUAUUGGAUACAAAGGAUUACCUCUUGAAACAAUGGAUGGUGUAGGUAUUGACUUUGAUAUGCAAAGAGGAGUAAUUUCUAAUGCCAGAAGCAGGGUAGUUGACAAGCACGGAGAUGUUUUGGAUGGCUUGUUUGUUACUGGAUGGAUCCAACAUGGUCCAUCAGGUGUUAUUGCGAGCACCAUGAUGAACUCCUUUGCUACAGGCUCAGAAAUUUUGAAAGAUUUGAGUGAAAAGCAAUUCGAGGCAAAAUCUGGAUUCAAAGCUCUUGAAAAACAUUUUAUUGAAAAUAAUAUCAAGUACACAAAGUGGGAUGAUUGGAAAAAAAUUGAUGAAAGGGAAAGGGAAUUAGGAAGCAAAUCAGGUAAAGUUAGAGAUAAAAUUCUUAGCGUUGACGAAAUGUUCGCCAUAUGUGAUAAAAAAUAA